AUGGGUUGGACAGUCACCUCUUGGGGUCUUGUGGUAGCUUUGGUCUUUGUCAUCGUGGCUGGCGCCGCCCUGGCUCUGUACAGAAGGUAUAACAUCGGCUGGCAAUGGAGCACGAGAAACAUUUGGAACGUCUGCGAGGAAUGGCGGCAAAGGCUGUCUUGGUUGUGGGCACCACGGGAAGAAAAGGUCGGUUUGGUGAAAGCUCAACAUCCAACAGCACAGACAAUCCCCGGCUUGUAUCGACAACCUGGGAACGCGUCUCAACAUCUGCUUCACAGCGACAGCGACCUCAGACUCGAUGCACAAGGAGCUUUUACCAGAUUCGAACCGGUGGACAGAGAUCUUCAUCCGCCUCUGGGCACUACAACCGGUAGCACAAUACCACCACAGCCUUUGAGACCAGCACCUCAACCAAGGCCAACCCCUCGACCAAGGCCGUCUCCACUUCAAACCUCGAGCACCGUAGACUACCUAAGAAUGCAAGAGUCUGGUCCUGGUCCGCUAACUCCGCCACCGUCGUUACAGAGAGCCUCGGUACCCUCGAGAUCCGCCGUUCCCUCGGUCUUUCUCUUCCAGAACGAACCUAUCAAGAAUUACAGUUUGCAUAAACCGUCGAACGAGCAUGGAUCGUUUCGAUUCGACGACGAUACAUCCACGACCAUGGCGGAAAGUAUCCAAAUGACACCGUACAGCUCGCAGAAUCACGUAGACACCAGGCUGAGAUACGAGCUGGAUCAGGAGCAAAGGAACGAGAAUAGAUGCAAUAAUCCUUACAGGCAAUUCGACUCUGGUGUCGAAUCUACGAGGAUCAGAUACGGUGUACACGGUGCCCCUAUAGCCACGUUAGACGGAAAAAGGGGCGAGGAUAGUAACACGAGCUACGGUAGCUACGACAUCGUCCAGAAGAGUCACAUGACACGACAGCAACACGCGAGGAACGAUUCGAGAGGCUCGCCGAACAGUUUCGGCAUGGCGAAUUCUUCGAAUGCCGCCAGCCAGACUGUAGUGGAAUCGAUGUACGGUCCCGACGUGCUGUCUAAGAUGUUCCAGAGCACUCAGAGCCUCGGGAACGACCUCGAUCACAAGAGCAACGAGAUGCAAAGCAUCGAGAUGACGCCGUUCAGAAGUUCCAGCCUUCAGGACGAUAUUGGCUCGUCGUACUUGUUCCGCGAGUCGCAGGGCUUGCAGAAGGUCUCGCAGUACAUACAGAGCCUGCCUGAUCUACCUAUUUACGGCACGAUGAACGAGCUUACAGAGCUUCAUGAACAGGAUCGGCUGCUUUACGACGAGACGAUUCAACAAUCGAUUAACGCGAUGAAGGUUAACAGCGAUACGGCAUCGAGCCCUGUACCGCCGCCACCAGCGCCACCAGAUCCUCCGGAAGAUGUGCCAAAAAAGAACGGGCCAACCACCGGCGAGAUAAUAUUUAACGCUUUUAAACGGGUCACCACGCAGAGGUAUAUCGACGCCUCGGAGUUUUACAGAUCAGUCCGUUCCCCGCCACAACCAGUCCAGGACAUCUAUACGGAGAAUGAUUCCGAGUUAAUAGGUCCUGACGGUUCUAGACGUAGCUCUGAUCUUUACAGUCCUGAGCUUAAUUUAGAGGCACACAGAACUGCACAAAAAGUGUCGAAUAGUUUGCAAGAUCCACCACCGUCGUCACGGUUGCUAGUUAAAGAUCACAAUCAAGAGGCGUACACGUACAUGACUGAUCCUAGCUUCACGAGAACAUCAGAGGAUAUCGCAUUUGCGUUUAACAAAUGCUACUGUUUAAUGCUGAACGGUAUCGAACAGAGAAGAAAAAGCAUGGAGAGGUUGAACGGUAUACACGAGUUUAAUAAACUCGAAGACGUCGAAUCGUUAAGACAAAGAAACGAUCAAGAACUACAGUGGAAACAGAAAUUAGCUCAGACCUUCGAAGAUGCCUACAUCACGCACUACAGUAUGAACGAUCAUAAUGAGGUCAGUCCGGGAAGUCGUCGCGGAUCCCAGGGGCCGGAACCCGAACCUCCGCCGGAUGAAUCGAACUUGAAAAGGGCAAUAAGCUGCGAAAGUGUCUGCUCUGAUACCAGCGUGGUGUUGAACGACCUCGAGGAAACGCCUAUUGUCGGACAUGUCUGUGUUGGUGUCGAAUACGAUAGAUACGGUGGCCGUGGUCUAGGAGUCAGUAUCCUCGAGGCCAGGGAUUUAAUUGCUCCGGAUGGCCAGCCUGCUCAAGAUACUUUUACCAGAGUUUGCCUGCUACCUAAGAGAGAAGUGCACGUGCAAACGAGAUUAUACAGAGGAAAUCCAUCGCCUAGCUACCAGGAAAAUUUCGUGUUCCUUCUAAACGGUGUUCCUACGGGGAGAACGCUACUCGUCGAGGUGUUUUCCGACGAAACCAAUAUGGGAGGUGGUACAUCCCUUAUCGGAGAAGCCAGUCUACGUCUGGGAUCUGCGCCAAGUGCGACAACCUGGUUACCACUUUCGGGAUCAGCUUUGCCCACACCUAGGCUCGGAGAAUUGAUGUUCUCGUUGAGUUACUUACCAACGGCCGAAAGACUCACCCUGGUGGUUGUCAAGGCUAGGAAUCUACAUGGCGCCAGUACAGGCGAUUUCUUUGUCAAAGUUUACCUGCUGCAACAUGGAAAGAAGAUGCAUAAGAAGAAGACAUCGGUGAAGAAAGGAGAAAAGAGUCCAAUCUUCAAUGAGGCAAUUAUUUUCAACGUGCCCACUAACAUUCUGAAGGUUUGA